AUGACCAGAGGACUGACCUUUGGUGGUAUUUGCAGCUUCGUUCUCAGCAGACAGUGUCCAGCGAGACCAGAAGGAGUCUGCUCGUCCUGGUCUUCCUCCCAGACCAGAGGGAGUCUGCUCGUCCUGGUCCUCCUCCCAGACCAGAGGGAGUCUGCUCGUCCUGGUCCUCCUCCCAGACCAGAGGGAGUCUGCUCGUCCUGGUCCUCCUCCCAGACCAGAGGGAGUCUGCUCGUCCUGGUCCUCCUCCCAGACCAGAGGGAGUCUGCUCGUCCUGGUCUUCCUCCCAGACCAGUGUCUCAUCCUGGUCCUCCUCCCAGACCAGAGGGAGUCUGCUCGUCCUGGUCUUCCUCCCAGUCCAGUGUCUCGUCCUGGCUCAUAGCAAGCGACAUCCGGAACAGAUGA